GGCUCCCCAGGCACCAUGGCAGCAAGGUUCCCUCUCCAGGUGACAGUGGUGAAGGUGCCUGGCGUGAGCUUCCCUUCCCUGGGAGCUGCCUGGGAUCUGCCGUCUGUCCCCAGGCUGCCACUGUCCUCUGGGCCUGUCCAGCUCCACAGUGGCUCCCACCAGCUGGUCCCAGUCACCACCAGGCAGGGAGGCCCAGGGGCCCUGGGGCAGCUGGUGCAUCUUCCCCCUGUGGUGCAUCUUCCCCAGCUGGUACAGCUGCCCCUCGGGGCUGCUGUCUGUCCCCCUGCCUAUGGCUGGGUACAGCAGGUGGUGAUGGGGACACUGCUGCCCCAGCAGCCAAGAGCUGUGGUCCAGGAAGAGGCCCUUUACCCCUUAGGCUCUAGUAUGUUCCACAUCCACCAUCAACCUGCCCUGGCUCUACCAGCUGGCACAACUACGAUGGAGCCCAAAGAAGUGGUGACAACAGAUCUGCCUGGAGAGGGACCUGCUGCCACCACAGAGGCCAUUCCUGAGCAGGCAGGGGACAGCACCAACACCCAUCUGUUUGCCUGGCUUGACACCACGGUGAGCGAGGACACCAACCUCAACAGCCCCAACAGCCCCACCUUGGACGCUCUCCUGGAAGAACUCUCUGAGUACCUGGAGGACAGUGGCUGCCUUGACAAGCAAGCAGAGUUGGCACAGCAAGCGGACAAUGAGGACGCCAUCUUGGCCGCCAAUGUCCCCAGCUUGACAGCUGAGGACCUCGAUGAGCUCCUUGAAUUCUGUGAAUGCCUGCUGGAAGAUGACCAUCCCAAGGAGCCGAUUGUGGAGGCACAGCAAAGGAACGGCCAGGACGCCAUCCCUGCCAUCCCCAACCUGACCCCUUCUGCCAGUGCACUCACUGCUUCCCAGCCUCACCCACCCCACAUGGCCCAGAUGGAGGAGGAGGCACUGCAGAGGCAGCCAUCCAGUGUCAUCACUAUCCGUGUGAACCCCAAAGCAAGAGAGCUGGCAGCAGCCAGGCCAAGAGCUCUGCACCAGCCAGUACCCCCACGAGCUAAGAGACCUUCCCGCAGGAGCAUGGCCCGGCCAGAGAGAAAAAGACGACAGCGGUGACAGCAGCACCCAGGCCAGGAGACACGUUGAGCCAGUGACCUGCAUUCAGACCCCCAGCCCCUGCCCUCUCCCACACUCCUCAUUCCUAUUUAGUCAUUAAAGACUUGUUUUGCAGCUCA